AUGUCGGUUUGUUUUGGUGCGUUCCAGGUUUCUAUAGCAACUGUGUUUAGUAAUCAUAAAUGGCGACUGUCGCUUGUAUCUUCGGGGGUUACGUUUCUACUUUAUUCAGCCGACAACAAUAAUUUACAAUUUGAGGUUUACAGCACGAAACAAAAAAGAUUAUGUGUUGGGUAUUUCUUAAAAAACAAACAUAAACUACUAGGCAACCUUGGCCUCCAAGAAUUUCCAUGUGGCACUGGUACAUGGAGAGAAAAACCACAGAUUGAAAAUAAAGCAGGCUAUGUUUUAUGUCCAGAAGAAAUCUCUGCAAUAUCUUUAAAAGAUUAUGAUGUUAAAUAUGAACGUGUGGAGACCCUAUUAGAAUAUGCCACAUCACCCCUCUCUCCUUGGAGUACAGACUGCAGUUGGAGCAAUGAAGCAGCUAAACUAAGACAGAUUGCCAUAACAGCACCUCACAAGAUUACAGAAAACUUCAUCUGCUCUUAUUUCAAAACCCUUACAAUCAGAAAUGCAAAUGUCAUAGAAAUUGAUCCUGAUUUGUUGAAACUGAAGAACCUCAAAGAGUUAACUCUGAGUGCAAAUCGGAUUGCUGAUGUUACAUCAGAAAACCUUCCUUCAUCUUUGAAGACAUUGGAACUUAGUGGCAAUAACAUUACUGACCUGGCACCACUGUGUGCAAAACCACCCCCACUUGUUCAUCUUGGACUGAGCUACAAUAGAGUCGACAGUAUUUCAAAACAUCUUACAGCACAACAUUGGCCCCAAUUACUUUGUUUGGAUCUUUUCCACAAUAACCUGUGUGAUGUGAAAGAUGUUGGACAGACUCUGAAGUCUUUACCCAAAUUGCAAAGUCUUGUUUUAGUUGGAAAUCCAUUAUCGCUUACACCUGGUUACCGUGGGUUCCUAAUUGACUGCCUGCCAAUGCUCAACAUUCUAGAUGACUUUACCAUCACAGCUGAUGAAAUAAUCAACUACAAAUCUUUGCAUCUUCACACAGAUUGCAUCCAGAAUGUAGCAUUCAUUAAAGUAUCCAUUCCAAAUGUAAAGGGUCUUCUUGAUCCUCAGGAACAGCAGUUACAGACUGAUGUCAACAUCAUCCAAAAAUCCUAUUUUAUUCAACUUCUUUUUAUUCAUGAAGAAGCAAAUGAUUCCAAACAAUCAAACACACCAUCUGUUGAUCAAAUGAUUCAAUCAGUUAAUAAUCUACAAAUGGAACCAGGGAAACAAGUAGAUACAAGUGUGGACAAGCAGUUACCUGGUUCUCUUCCAAAUACUGUGAUGACUGGUUCAAAAAACUCUGCAAGCCAAAACAAUCACAAUAGAUCCUUCCUGCCAUACACAAAUGAACAUCCACCACCAACAACUUUUCUACAGAGUCAAGAUCUUCCCUGGGCAGAAAAUCAGAUAGACUUUAAUUGGAACAAAGUCAUUACAUGCCAUAACCUUCUACCACUGAGAGAUUAUCUUUAUCAAGAUCUGGAGUUUAAAAUUAUUGAGUGUAAGUUGAUUGGUCGAUUGCCUGUAGAAGAGGAAGAAGAAGAGAAAUCCAUAAGUUUUAAAGGGAAAGGAAAAGAUGACAAAGAAGCUAAAAAAAAGAAAGAAGAGAAAGGAAAAAAAGAUGCAAACUCAUUACAACACAAAACUGAUACUAAAUCAAAGAACAGUCAACGUAAAGACAAGAAGAACAAAAUUUCCAAUGAAAAUGUUAUUUGGUCAUCCCCAGAGUUUAAGGAUAUAGCCACAUUUUAUCUCAACCUGGAACCAUUUCUCCAUGGAGAACACAGCGUAGAGGAGAAAUUUAUAAAAGAAAUAUACAACACUAACCUUGAAGGAGUUUCAAUAAAGAAUUUGAAAAAGGAUACCAAGGGAAAUAAGAAAACCAAUUCCUCAUCUCGUGCCCAGAGCCAAGCAAAAGCAAGAAAGUCUCCAGAGAUGAAAAAAGGGAAACAAGGUUCCCAUUCAAAGGGAACCAAUGAAGAUGAAUCUUCUCAUUUGUCUGCACUUGAAAUGAGUGUCCUUGUAGAAUUGGAACAUUGGACAUCCACAUAUCAAGCACUUCAGGCUUCAAUUUCAUAA